AUGAGAUUUAAAACAAGAAUCAGCAACUUAUACACUCUUACACGUUUGGUACAGGCGCUGGACAGAAUUGGAAAGUUUUGUUGGCUACGACUGAUGCCAGAAACUGUAAAUUUUAUAAUUAUACCUGAUUUUCGAAUGACACAGGUUUGGGCAGUUUUGGAAGUGGAAACUAUAUUCGAAGAAUAUGUUGUUCAAAGUAAUGCCGACAAUGUAAUCAACUUGGAGAUACCUGUCGAUAACUUAUAUAGAGCUCUGCGUUCAGCGGCAAAUGCUAGCGAUUCUACCAUCAGGCUUUCUAAGAAAAAUAAUCAGCCCUUGUUAUCUUUGUCUACGACUUGGAGCGGGCGUGCAUUUGGGUCAAACGUUGUGACACAUAAUAUCCCAAUCCGCGUUUUAUCGCAUUCAUAUGUGUCUGCAAUUAAAGAGCCUACAGCUCCUGAACCAGAUUGUCAUAUAUUUUUCCCGAGCUUAAACGUAAUUAGACAGGUGGCCGAUAAAUACAAAAACAUGUCGGAUCGAGUCAUUAUUUCAGCCAACAUGUCUGGGGAACUACAGCUUUCAGUAUCGACACCUGCAGCAAAAGUGACCACUAGAUGGAAAGAUCUUGAAAAUCCAGAGCUGGAUCCUUCGCAAGUAGACGAUGUCAAUCGGCAUCCUUCUCAAACUCGAAAUCCUAAAGAAUUUGUGCACAUGCGACUCGAUGCGAAAGAUUUAGUGAAUAUGCUUCGGAUUUCUAGUGUAGCUAGAAGAGUUAUAGCAUGCUUCUGCGAAGGGCAUGCGCUUGUAUUAUAUGUGUACAUUACAGAUCCUGAAGAUGAGCACACUGCUGUGCUUACCUACUAUAUCAGUACUUAUGUUGACUAA